UGAUCUUAAUCUUUCGUCCACUUUUUCUGUGUCAAUUUUCGAUUUUGAUUCUUGUAUUAUAUUAAUCAGCUUCUUGAUUGUGUUGCUGUAGAUUUGUUCAAGUUUGCAUUAGGGUUUAUUAGGGAUUCAAGAUUUUAAAUAUUGUUUGUUUAUUAUUUUUUUUUGGGUUGAAAAAGCUCUUUUCUGAUGGUUUUGAGAAAUACCCAGAUAGCGAUUUAAAUGGAUGUAACCAAGGACAGGGGUGUCCCUGUCGGUAGUGUUUCAGAGUCAACAGUGACUGAGAGUGAGCAUGUGGCUGGUGAAACCCUAGUCGGUACUGGUGAUGAUGCAGUUCAGGGGAAGAUUGAGGGGUCAUUUAAUGAUGGGGUGGAAGAUGAGUCUUGUCAUGGGAAUGACAUAAUGGUGGAAGUGUUAGGUUCUGAUGUUUAUGUUGGUGGAGUUUGUACUAGUGAGAGUGGGGAGAACUUGGAUGAUGGGAAUGACGAUGCCGUGCCUUUGGAUGCCGAAGUAGUUUCUGAGAGACCCGUUAAUCCCAUUGGUAUAGAUGGUGGUAGUGCUGUUGAUGGAUCGGAUUCGCGGGAUGCUGGUGUCUCAGGUGGGGAACUUUUGAAUCAGGGAAAUGGGGGCUCUUUGGGAGUGUCAGAAUCAGUGGAAGAAAAGGCUCAACAUGUUGAUGGCAUGACAAGGGAGGCUAGCUCAGGGGAAAUGGUGACAGAGGAUACAAGGAGGGGAAGCCAAAUUGUUAGUGGUGGAAAUUGUGCUGGUGGUACUGAAGUUGUGGGUUCUACAGGUGGUGAGAUCCAGGUCAAUCAUGUUGCGAUGAUUUCAAUGGUUCCUAGGGAGGAGGGUGUUGAAGGAGUUAUUCAUGAGGUGGGUGCUAAUAAUGAUGGGGAGGUGGUUUCUGGUGGGUGUGAAGCGAAUGAGGUUGUAAGUAAACAGGGAGUAGAGGUUCCAGAAGAAAACUCACAGGAUGCUGGCAAAAAAAGUGAGGUACUUUUUCCUUCAGUUAGUUCUGAGUGUUGUAAAUUUCAAGUUGUUGUGGUGGAAAGCAUAGAAUCAGGGAGUAGGUUAGCUAUGGAAGUCGUUGGUGGUGGAGAUGAUGCACCUAAUGAUUUGAAGACACAAAAUGAGGUUGGUGUCUCAGAUGAAGCGUGGAAUCCUGGGAUUGAAACAAUAGAAACAAGUGCAGAAAAUGUUGUAAGUUGUAGUGCUGAAACCCAAGUUCAUGAGGAGAAAUCAGUGAUAACGGUUUAUAAAAAAGAUUUAAAUCCCAAAAUAUCUUUAGGACAAAGUAACGAUGCUGGUGCUGAGGAAUUUGGAGGAGUGGACAAGAGAGUUCUUUUGAGCUCCAAAGAUGCAGUUCCAGAGACCAAUGCUAACAGUGAAAAUUUCAGUUCAGUAGAAAAAGAGCAGUUGAAGAUUGUGAUAACUGGUGGAAGCACCGAGAAACAUAGUAAUUUGAUUUCAGAAUCAGAGUCCUCACUCCAACAGACUCAAGUAAUUGUUGAAAGUGAAGUUUCUGUAAUAGAUUCUAAGGUUAUCUCAGUUUCUCAAAAAGAUGAGAUCUUGAAUCCUGAAGGAUACUAUGACAACAGUAUGGCUUGUGAUAUCCAUGUUGAGUCAAAUGUAGAACAAGCAAUGGAAAUAGACAGACAAGUGAAGGAUGGUGAUCAGGUUUAUUCUGAUGGAGGACAUGAAAAGGUUCUAAUUUUCAACACUGAAGUUCUAGGUGCAGUUGAGUACCUUAAGUCUACAGAGAACUCGGAAAAGAGUGAGAUUUGUGAUGUUUCUCCGAUUUGUGUUAGUACUGUACAAGAGAUAGAAACUGAACAUGGAGGGCAGCAAAUACAAUUUGAAAAUCAACAAGAAAUGUCUAGGAAAAUGAGUGGCGUACUUGAAAAUGAUGGUCAUGCAUGGGCAGAUGUGACAUUCUCAUGUGAGCCCAGUGAACUAAUACAUGUUGAAGAUACAACAGCCGGCGACACUGCUCCUAACCCUGCUGAUAAAGCUGUGCUACCUCCUUCAGGUAAUGACAGGAACUCACAGAUUGAAACAUUAUGGUGCUCAGAAAUGGACAACCAAACCACUGAUAAUGUGGACAUUGCUCCAAUGGACACCAAUGAAGUUUUGGGCCAGUCAGAUAAUAAUGAAGAGUGUUUACAGGAGGGUGUGGCCACUGAUUGUAGUGUUUCUAAGAGAAAUUUUGCAGUUGAGGAAGGUGUUAAAGAGCAAGUUACCUCUGCUGAUGAGUUCGGUUUACAUGGAGAGAAAGACUUGGUAGUGGUCAAAGAGAUUACUGAUAGUGAACAGACAAACACCAGCAAAGGGAAAAGCACUAAAGUGGAAUCUUCAGAGCCAGAGAAUUCGUUAGUGAAUCAUCAUAGUUGUGACUUACCACCCGAAGAUGAAGAUGUAUUUUCUGUAACUGAUUUAGUUUGGGGUAAAGUCAAGAGCCAUCCAUGGUGGCCAGGACAGAUAUUUGAUUUUACUGAUGCGUCAGAGAAGGCAAUGAAACAUCAUAAAAAGGACUGCUUCUUGGUUGCAUAUUUUGGGGAUAGAACAUUUGCAUGGAAUGAAGCUUUAUCUUUAAAGCCCUUUCGAUCUCAUUUCUCACAGAUGGAGAAGCAGGGCAAUGCAGAUACAUUCCAGAAUGCUGUCAAUUGUGCUUUGGGAGAAAUUUCUAGGCGAGUACAGUUAGGCUUGGCCUGUUCUUGUAUACCAAAAGAUUCCCACAACAUUCAAUUCCAGAUUGUUGAAAAUGCAGGGAUCCGGACAGAAUCAAGUAGAAGAGGUGGAGUGGAUGAUUCUGCCAGUGUUAAUUCCCUCCAAUCCGACAAGUUGCUUGAAUACCUAAAAGCAUUAGCACAGUCUCCAUUAGGUGGGAAUGACCGUUUGGAACUUGUAAUAGCUAAGGCCCAGUUGCUAGCCUUCUGCCGUUUGAAAGGAUUUUGUAGCUUACCUGAAUUUCAGUGUUGUGGAGGAUUGGUGGAGAAUAACACCAUCGGUUCACGAUUUCAGGAUAGUUUACAUCCUAAUGAGAUGAUUGAGGAUGCAAGUUCUCUUUCUAAAGAUGACGAACGAACAUCCUCUUGCCAGGACAGGUUGAAAUUACAUAGUUCCUCCCAUAAGCGGAAACAUAAUCUUAGAGAUGGUGUGUAUCCUAAAUUAAAAGAGAAAAGCUUAUCAGAAUUGAUGGUUGGUGUAAUAGAUUUUCCGGAUGACGAUAAUUGGUCUGGUAAGAGGCGAAGGGGUGUAGAUUACCAUGCUGAGGACUUGGCUGCCCAAGAUUUAAAGAAAACUGUUUCUGUUGCAAAAGCUUCUAAUUCCAUUUUUCCAAAGCAAUCAUUUAAGAUUGGUGAAUGUAUCCGUAGAGUUGCUAGCCAGAUGACUGCCAGCCAGACAACUCCGUCUCCUCCCACUGUGAAGCUUGAGAGGGUGAAACUAGAUGGAAGCAGUGACAGACCUGGGGAUGGUUAUGAAAUUUCCUUUCAGAGCUCUGAGGAUGUCUGUAGAGGAAGGGCGGCUGAUCCAGCAGAGUACUCUUCACUAGAUGAAUUACUGUCGCAACUUCAGUCUGUUGCACAGGAUCCCCUGAAGGAAUACAAUCUUUCAAGUGUUAUAAUCAGCUUCUUCACUGACUUUCGGAAUUCAGUGAUUACAGGCCAGUAUUCUGGGACUGAGCUUGUGUUGAUUGACAAAGUCACUGGUAAAAGGAAGAAAGGGUCUCCUGAAACUUUUGAAUUUGAUGAUAUGAAUGACACCUAUUGGACAGACAGAGUCAUUCAAAAUGGUUCAGAAGAGCAACCUCCCCGUAGAGGCAGGAAAAAAGAUAAUCAACCUGCUGUUACACAACCAGAAAAACCUCAUCAAGAAAGUCGUAGAACAUACUCUAGGAAGCGAUACUCUAAUGGUGAUGCUGCUUUGACACCAGAGAAACCUGCUGGCUAUGUCAGCGAGAAUGCACCAGCAGAACUCAUAAUGAACUUCUCUGAGGUAAGAUCUAUGCCAUCAGAAAGUAAUCUGAACAAAAUGUUUAGGAGAUUUGGACCACUGAAGGAAAUGGAGACAGAAGUUGAUAGGGAAAGCAGCCGUGCUAGGGUAGUUUUUAAGAAGUCUUCGGACGCAGAAGUUGCUUGCAGCAGUGCUGAAAAAUUUCACAUCUUUGGUUCAACACUUGUAAAUUACCAGUUGAGCUAUACUCCAACUCUCCCUUGUAAAGCAUCUCCGGUUGUUGUUACAACUCAGGAUCAUGAAAUGCAACUUGAUCUCUCUGCCCAUGACCAUGAGAUGCAGCUUGAUCUGUCCACCCACGAACAUGAGAUGCAACUUGAUCUGUCCACCCACGACCAUGAGAUGCAACUAGACCUCUCCAGUCUGUCAAGUUUUGAAGUUAAUCUGGUUUAGAAAUUUCUGGACGUAUUGGAUUUCGAAGCAGAAGGGUUUAGAAAUUUAGUGGCAAUGAUCCGACGUUGGGUGCCAAAGGAGUUAUAGGUGACCGGAAUGUUUACCAGGUUAUGAGAUAUUCACGUGGCUCCUGGGUACUCUGUUUUGUUUUCCACCAUAAUGCAUUUUUCUACCCUUCCCCUUGUAAUCUAUCUGAUUUAGUUUAAUUUAAAUUUAAUGUAUAGCAGAGUUACCUGAGCUUCUCGUCAUAGUUUAUUUUUGUUCGGCCAGUCUUUUUCUAUCCUUGAUGACUACUACAAAAUUGAAUCAAAUCAUUGAUCAUGCACGCGCAUGGUGUCUCCUUGAAAAGACUAAGGAAUUUUUAGUAUUGUCUAUACAACAUGACGAGGAACCUUGCUUUUCUUUUUUUCCCCUUA